UCACGAUAAAGCCGUGACGGGUGCAUCUAGACUGGCAAUGCCGAGAUGAUUGAACUUCGGCUUGCGAUCGUCUGCCAGAAACCGUGCCGCAGCGCAACUGCUGCCGGCACAUCGUCUGGACCGUGGGACCGCAUACGAUGGCGCCGCUUGGGCCAUUGAGGCGAUUACUAGAGCCAUGGCGGCUGGCACAUGCGUGUUGGCGGCGUGAGUGUACGCCACGAAACGCGGGGAGAUACGCCGCAAUAUAUCCUCACAGAGGCGUAAUCAUGGGAAUGCUGUGCGAUCUGCUUCGUUCGCACGCACGAGACGGUUCAGCUUGAUGGCACCCUUCUUGACAGGCAGCACCUUGAGCGAGGCGAUAUUGGGAAGCUACCGAGCUGCUUUCUUUUCGCUUACGGAUGUUCUAGCUCUACUUCCCGCCGUGCCCGCUUCAGCUGGGGACCCGAAAGUUCGGCAUCGUCGUGAGCACCAUGAGCUAGCACCGCGGGCGGCUGCACGUUCCGUACCCGACUCCACCCUCUGCCAGGAACAGGCUGCUUUGCCCCUGACGGUACCGAAGGUACUCGGCGUAAAAAUGCAUUUGGCGGACGGUUUCAAGUGCUCGAAAGAGUUCUCUCAUCAAACGCUAUCAGGCCGUCACGCAUCACGAAUGCAUGCGGACGCCUCGUUUCACACACUAUCGAUUCGUGCAGGCCCCAACCUGCAGCUUGAUUGUUGGUACGAUUGCGGUAACCAAUCGAUUAAUCGCUCAAUUACAGCAGAAUUAAGGGGACUGGUCAAUCGUCCCAGCGGAAGAUUAGUUCGUGGGGUUCUGCACGAGCAGGUCAAUGUGCCUGAAUGCACGUUCCUUCUCCAGGCACACGUCCCUCAUCGCAUGAUCGCUCCCAGAGCUGUCUUUUUUCGUCUCGAGCUCAGCUAUCGUCGCUUUGUCUCAGACGGUGGCAGCAGUCUUGCAUCAGUACUCUUCUAGUGGUGUUCCAAAGCUGCCCGUUGAAAGUUUGGGACAGACUUUGCAGCGCGGUUGAAUCCUGGAGUAUCGGAUAGCCACGCUAGAAGCCGAACCGUUCACGCGGUCUCUACGCUACGGAGCAACGAGACUUGACAAUCGAACUUAGACCAUCCUUUGGCCCGCCAAGGAGUACGACUUCAUGUCGCGCG